GCCAUUCAUUUGUAACGGGCACUGGCAUAUAGGUAAGAUCACAGCUCUGACAGUCAGCCGCUCAUCCCGAGAAAACGACGGAAGUAACUGGACAGACAGAGUCAAACCACUCGGCGCGGCCACACACCCAGAGCUGAUUCAGAAGGGACACUUGGAGCAGUCUGGACCAGCAGCGACCACAUUUGGAAGUGACAGUUCACCCACAUUAAUCCGCAAGCUAAUUGCAGCCUAAUAUGGAACGCAAAAUUCCUGAUUUCUCCGGCACCUGGGAAAUGAAGAGUUCAGAAAACUUCGAGGAACUCUUAAAAAAGUUGGGCGUGAACAUGAUGCUGCGUAUGAUUGCGGUGAAGGCAGCCUCCAAGCCACUAGUGGAGAUCACACAGGAUGGAGAGACGCUGUCCAUUAAAACCUCGACCACAGUUCGCACCACCCACAUCACCUUCACUGUGGGGCAUGAGUUCAAUGAGUCCACGGUGGACGGACGUCCCUGCACGAGUUUUCCUUGUUGGGAAACCGACAGCAAGAUCAGCUGUGAGCAGACUCUGCAGAAAGGGGAAGGGCCUAAGACGUCCUGGACCCGAGAGAUCACCAAUGACGGCAAACUGAUUCUGACCAUGAAAGCAGAUGAUGUAGUAUGCACCAGGGUGUACGAACGACAAUGAACAAGAGCACUUCUCACUUUUCGUCCUUCCAGUCCCCAAAUCCUGCUCCUGCAUCACCACUUGCAUUAUCACUACUUGCCCCCCGUUUUGUUUAAAGGCAGUUUAUAUUUUUAUUCCAGUAUUUCUGCUAGCUUCACUUUGUAAUAGGUGUGGUAAUUCUGUCUUGUAUGUCACAUACCUGCAGCGCGGUCUUAGCUCCUGAGUCAUCCCUCUGUCUCUCCAGCUCCAUCAAACUCGACCAGCUGGGUUUUAAACAUGUUGCAUUGUUAAGUUAGAUUUUCUCAUUGAAUUGGCAUUGAGUCAGUGUGUGUGUGUGAGUGAGUGAGUGUGUGUGAGCUUGUGUAGCAGCAGAAGAGGUGUGAGACUAUAUUUGUAGAUGUGUAAACCAAUCUAUGAGCUCUUCCAGUUUCAGGUCAGUUUUGAUGUGUCCCUCCUUUAGCCCUGCCCCAUGACUUUAACCUUUUGUAUCUCACGAUGACAUUUUAUAUUUAUUACUACACUAGGAGUCUGAUAUAGUACCGCUAAAGUUUUUACUUUGUGUCUCUUUUAUAUGAAAUGUGAUUAUAGGAAACAACAUGUUGUAUGGGAAAACAAUAAAGCAUGAUGGGAACUCAGCCUGA